AUGUCCAACAAUACCGGAAAAACAGCGCCGGCCAGUGCGAACGAGCAAGAUGAUGAGCCCGAUGACUGGGAUAAGCGCAUUUUCAGCACGGGAUGCUCAGUCGAGCAGCUGCGGAUGAAUGACUGUUACUAUGAAAAGCGAGACUGGCGGGUGUGCAAGAAAGAGGUGCAUGGAGGCAUUUCGAGAGUGCUGGAAGCGCCAGGGCAACGACCAGAGGACGGCGACGAGAGAUGCCUGAUCAUCGGUCUCUCUCUUUUUCUCCGUCAACACCAACAAACAACCUUUGUCAACAUGUCGUCCUCUCUCGCGCUCCGCCGGUCCUUUGCGGCCCUGGAGCUGCUGGGCACGAAGAGCUCGCGACAGACAACUUCUGCGUUUCGCUGGCAGCGUGCUUAUCCGGGUGUGCUCGCGUCUCGCUCGCAAACCACCUCAUCCUCGUCGACUGGGACAAAGCCUGCUACAACAACAUCUACAACAUCCACAGCCAAACCAACCACACCCUCUUCCCCCUCCUCCUCCUCCUCCUCCUCCUCCUCCUCUUCAACAAACCGCGCCGAUGCCAUAAAAAAACCUUCCCCUCGCCACCCAACCACCUCAAACCUCGCCCAAACCGGCCUAUCCGACUCCCCCCUCGACCUCUCCCCAGACACCACCACCAACACACAAGAAAAAGUCGACUGGUCACGCAGUUUCCAUGGAAUCAGCGAUAAACCUUUCCCCAAGGAAGCCGCAGACGUACUGCUCGCAGCCACCAUUGACGACGACGUCGAAAUCAAACCGGACGGAAUCGUGUACCUGCCCGAAAUCAAAUACCGACGGAUUCUAAACAGAGCGUUUGGGCCGGGAGGCUGGGGACUUGUGCCGCGUAGUGAGAGUAUUGUGACGCCCAAGACGGUGACGAGGGAGUAUGCUUUGAUAUGUAACGGGCGCCUCGUCUCAAUCGCCCGUGGCGAACAGGACUACUUCAACCCAGACGGCAUCCCCACGGCCACCGAGGGCUGCAAAUCCAACGCCCUGGUGCGCUGCUGCAAGGAUCUAGGCAUUGCGAGCGAGCUGUGGGAUCCGCGCUGGAUCCGACGAUUCAAAGCGGCGCGCGCAAAGGAGGUGUUUGUCGAGCAUGUAGUCAACAAAAAGAGGACCAAGAUUUGGAUUCGCAAGGAUGAGGAAGUAGCGUAUCCGUGGAAGGCGACGAGUUUUAGUAAAUAA